UCUUUUCACUUGCGUAGAUUGAUUGAACCGAAAUUAGGGUUUGUGGUGGUAGCAGCAAUGGCGGCGAAGCAGAGAACACGGAAGGUUAGCAGAAACCCUGAAUUGAUAAGGGGAAUUGGAAAGUACUCGAGGUCGGCGAUGUACCACAAGAGGGGUCUCUGGGCUAUCAAGGCCAAAAACGGUGGCGUUUUUCCUCGCCAUGACCCUAAACCUAAACCUGAAGCUACUCCUCAAAAGCCCCCUAAGUUUUACCCUGCCGAUGAUGUCAAGAAGCCUCUUCUAAACAAGCACAAACCAAAACCCACUAUGCUCAGGGCUAGCAUUACUCCUGGGACAGUGUUGAUUCUUCUUGCUGGUCGAUUCAAGGGAAAGAGGGUAGUAUUUCUCAAGCAGCUUCCUUCUGGGUUGCUUCUUGUGACUGGUCCUUUCAAGAUUAAUGGAGUUCCUUUGAGACGUGUGAAUCAGUCCUAUGUUAUUGGCACAUCAACCAAAGUAGAUGUCUCUGCUGUUAAUGUGGAUAACUUUGAUGACAAGUACUUUACAAAGGAAGCCCAGAAAAAGAAAAAGAAGGGUGAAGGCGAGUUCUUUGAGGCAGAGAAGGGGGAAAAGAGUGUGUUGCCCCAGCAGAAGAAAGAUGACCAGAAAACUGUAGACUCUGCGGUGAUAAAAGCCAUUGAAAGUGUUCCAGACUUGAAGGUUUAUCUGGGUGCCAGGUUUUCCCUUAAGGCAGGUGUAAAGCCUCACGAGUUAGUCUUCUAGAGAAAAGAGGAGUGUUGCUCAUGUUUUUUCCUAUCCUGUUUUGAUUGAUGUUGGUCCUAAUAGUUGCACUCGUAUAACUUUAUUGGCAACGGACAAAGGAAGAACGUAAAAUUUUGUUAGGUGAUCGAUUGUGACGUGGAUUUUGCUCGUUAACGUUUUAUUGAUUGUAUGAAUUUUAGAUAUUUUGUGGGGCUUUCAUCUUAGAUCGAUCAACGAAGAAUAUUGGAAACAGGGAUAAGGAUCCUCUAGAGUUCUUAAAAAUUGAAUUUUUACUUCAGUAUUU